CCCUCGCAUCCCCCCACAACCCCCCGCCACUCUUCCCAAAACACUUCACAAUGGUCAAGGCCGUCGUAGCCGGAGCCUCUGGAGGCAUUGGACAGCCCCUCUCUCUGCUCCUCAAGAACUGCCAGCACGUCACCGAGCUCGCCCUGUACGAUGUAGUAAACACACCAGGUGUCGCUACCGAUCUCUCGCACAUCUCGACCCCCGCAGUCGUAACAGGCUACCUGCCCAAGGAUGACGGCUUGAAGAACGCCCUGACUGGCGCCGAUGUCGUCGUCAUCCCCGCUGGUAUUCCCCGCAAGCCGGGCAUGACGCGCGAUGAUCUGUUCAAGAUCAACGCUGGCAUUGUCCAGGGCCUCAUUGAGGGCGUUGCCCAGUACUGCCCCAAGGCCUUCGUUCUGGUCAUCUCCAACCCUGUCAACUCGACUGUCCCCAUUGCCGCCGAGGUGCUCAAGAAGGCUGGUGUCUUUGACCCCAAGAAGCUCUUUGGUGUCACUACCCUCGACGUUGUCCGUGCUGAGACCUUUGUGGCUGAGAUUACUGGCGAGAAGAACCCUGGAAACCUGAGCAUCCCCGUCAUUGGUGGCCACUCGGGCGAGACCAUUGUUCCUCUGUUCAGCCAGGCCAAGCCAAGCGUCACCAUCCCCGCCGACAAGAUGGACGCGCUUGUCAACCGCGUCCAGUUUGGUGGUGACGAGGUCGUCAAGGCAAAGGAGGGUGCUGGUUCGGCCACUCUCUCCAUGGCCUACGCUGGAUACCGCUUUGCCGAGAAGGUCAUCAAGGCCUCCAAGGGUGAGAAGGGUAUCGUCGAGCCCAGCUUCGUUUACCUUCCAGGUGUUGCCGGUGGUGACGCCAUCGCAAAGGCCACUGGUACCGAGUUCUUCUCGGUACCAAUCGAGCUUGGUCCCAGCGGUGCCGAGAAGGCCAUCGACGUCGUCAGCAGUGCGAACGAGCACGAGAAGAAGCUUCUCAAGGCUUGCUACGACGGCCUCAAGGGCAACAUUGCCAAGGGUGUCGAGUUCGUCCAGAGCCCUCCUGCAAAAUAAAUGAUAGGCCUCCAUGAUGGAUGAUGAGAGCCACGCGGGAUGGGAACCAUGUCUUGGGAAUGUCGAUGAAUACAUGCCACUGUGAGCAGAAGAAUGAAUAAAAUAUUGAACUACUACCC